GAUGUUUAAACUACAUCAGACAACAGAAUAUGGUAAUUGCUGGUCAAUCAGUUCUGACAAAUUUAAAGUGAAACACCCAGGACCAUCUGGAGGGCUAUCUUUGGUGUUAUAUUUAGAGGUUGCAGAUUAUCUUAAAGGUCUGACAACAGGGCACGGUGCUAGAAUUCAGAUUCAAGAGCAACGUACAUAUCCUUUUCCAACAGAAGAAGGACUGUUUAUUCCAGCUUCCAUGGAGACAAAUAUUGGACUAAAAAUGAUAUCUAUUUCAAGACAAGGAGGUCUCUAUGGCGACUGUAACGAUGGAAAGGUUCUGGAAAAAUCCUCAACGUACAAAUAUACAAGAUCGGCAUGUCAAUCACUAUGUCUGACUGACAAAAUAAUGGAAAUGUGUCGCUGUUACGACGAAAGGUUUGAGGAAUUGGCGAUGAGUAAAAGUAACGUACUUAAAUCAUGCCGAAAUCAUACUGAAAUAAAGUGUAUGGCAGAAUUAAAACGAGAUUUUGUUAUGAAUGAAAUUCAUUGUACUUGUUUCAACCCUUGUAGUGAAGUUCAAUACGCCAAAAGUGUAAGUCAAAGACAAUGGCCAGACGAAGAUUAUGCGAUGGUUUUGCUACAAGCAAUUUGCGACAAAGAUUCGGAUGAAUGUGCAUUAUUGAGAGGGCUCAUUGAUGAACCAGCAAAACUGAAGUAAACAUCUAAUAAUUUAUAUCAUGUAUAUAGUGAUGGCAAGAAUAUAUAUUUAAUCAAAUUUUAGAUAUUAAAACACCACAUUUCGAACAAACAUGAUGGGGCUUAUGCCAUGACCAUUUGGUUUGUGUCGUCGUUCUGGUUCAUUUCUCAGAAAGUUAAACAAGGCUCUUUUCUUCAAUUUCGGCACGAAUAUUCAAUAUAAAAAUGUUACACCAUAUCUAAAGCGUAUAUAACACUGAAAGUAAGUUUUUCAGCUUUGUUCCUUUUUGUGCUUAGAAGUUUUGGCCGAUUUGUUUAAGUCCAUUUCUUAAAUCUAUUUAAAAAAUUUUAAACUGCAAACUUUUUUCACUAUCAAACAUUGGCAAUAAUUUCAAAAGAGCAAGUAACGAUUGAAGUCAUUUUGCUUGGAUAUUGUCGCUUUUUCGAUUUAAAACAUCUAUGUAAACCUGUUCGUUAAGGAAUUAUUCUCAAAAACUAUCUAACAUUAUCACUUGAAAUACAAGUUCGCUUUUAAAGAAUGUGUGUGUUUCAAAGGACCGAUAAUACUGUAGGCCAUUUUCCCAUUUUCACAAAAGGCUCAAACAUAUUCAUACUUAUUUAUUCACUAACAAGAUUCGCAUUCAUAUAAUAAAA